AUGGCACCUGGACUUCUAGCUACACCUCCAGCCGAGCUAUCUGGUCAAUGGAGCUCAAAAGAUGCUUCUCCUAGGGUAGUCUCGUUUGACCCGGCCCGGCAUAUGGCUUUCGAGCCGCCGUCCGAGGUCAUCACCCUUCGAGACCUGCUGCUUUCAGAAAAGAAUGCAUGUUCGCCCGUGGCGAUCACCAAGCCUUUCCCGCUCUUCUCACUAGAGGGAGUGGUGCAGAUGCGCAAGGACAUCUUUCGCAAAGAAGUAGUGCAGAAGCACGGCCAGAAAAUCAAGCCCGGCGUCUACAAAAUGCGCGGCUACUCUCCGGACACGCCUUUUGUCGACGCGGUCUGGCGUAGCCCUGAAGUCAUCAAAGCAUGCUCCAACGCCGCAGGAGUUGACCUGGAAGUCAUCUUUGACUAUGAGAUCGGGCACGUCAACGUCCAGCUGGACGAACUCGCUGAUAAGCCUUCGCUGGACGCGGUUCUCCCGCCAGCGAUGCCGCCAAAGUCGUUCAGUGGUGUGGAUCUGACAUCUUUCGAUACGGAAAAGCAACUAGCUUCCGUUCGAGAUUGGCAUGUCGAUGCAUAUCCCUGGGUUUGUGUAUGCAUGCUGUCGGAUCCCCAGGGCAUGGUGGGAGGCGAAACAGGCAUCGAGAAGGGCGACGGUUCGAUAGUGAGAAUGCUAGGUCCAGGUAUAGGCUGGGCGGUCAUGAUGCAAGGAGGUUCCAUCAACCAUGUCGCCCUCCGAGCGUAUGGUUGUGAAGAGCGCAUUACAAUGGUCACGUCAUUCAAGGCCAAGGACCCUUUGCUCAAAGACAUGAGCACACUUCACAUCACCAACAAGAGCAGUCGACUGGAGGAGUUGUUCUUGCAAUGGACAACGUAUCGUAUGGAUGUGCUGGCCAGACGAGCUGAUGCAAUCAGAGCUGAGAUUGCGGAAGGAACCCUUUCGGCCGACGAGAUCAAGCUCAAGAUGGACGAGUGGGCAAAGGAACAGGUUGAGUAUCUCAACAUCACUUGUCGCGAAAUGCAUGACGCUGAGCCAUAUGGGAGUGCCAAAGUCGUGCAUUGA